AUGAAUUACGAGUGGUACGAGAGCAGAAGCACCGCCACUAUACGAGUCUUCCUAAGUGAAGGCGAAACUCCACUAUCCGUGAAGAAAGAAGGAGGCACGCUGGUAGUUGAAACCUCUUUGAGUGCGCACAGAAUAUCGAUAGUCCACGCGUACGAAGUGGGUGCGCACAAAGCAAGCAGCAAAGUGCUUGAGAUCAUCCUGCAAAAGCCCGAGAGCAAGAAGUGGGGAAGCCUCCAGGAGACUCCGCAUCUUUCCUUCGAGAGGGCGAAAGAGGUGAAGCCAGGUGCAGAAACCCUGUCAAACGACCCAAUUCUGAACAUGUUUAUGGAGGUGUAUGCAAAUGCCCCGGAAAGCGUGAAGCAAGAAAUGAACAAGUCAUUCUACGAGUCGGGCGGAACAGAGCUGAGAACGCACAAGAAGGAUGCAGACGCCCUUGAGAAGAAGCGCAAAAAGUAG